CAGCAACUCUGAGCAAUCUCUCAAAGUGCGGGGACAGACGGGAGCUAAUAUAAACAGACUGCCCUUCACUCGGGGCUAUCAGGGGGUAAGGAAGCAGUUACCUCUGUCACUGACCCCCGGCGCUUCAAAGAGGCAGCUCCUGCCCAUGUAGAGCGGCCAGCGGUCAUGGCCACGCUGGAGGGCUGUCGCUGUCGGAGUGCCAGCGCCCGAAACAACAGCAGCAUUCUCUACAGCAUUCUGAAGAGCGAUAGCCUUGUGACCGCCGAGGAGCCACGACAACACCAACAGCAGCAUUCCCAACAUCAAACCCUGCAGCAUCUACUCCUCAAGGGCUCCUCCUGUUCCUCCUCACCCUCCUCCUCCUCUUCUUCCUCCUCCGGGCCGGGCUCGCUGCAGGAGCUCCGGCAGCAGGCGUGCUCCUGCGGAUCGACGCGCCGCCGGGGCGUGCUGCGCUCCCCGCAGGUGACGUGCAAAGCCGCGUCGGCGGUGCUGGUGAAGACGCUGCGCUUCGUGAAAAACGUCCCCUGCUUCCGCCAGUUGCCGGAGGACGACCAGCUGAUGCUGAUCCGGAGCGGCUGGGCCCCGCUGCUGGUGCUGGGGCUUGCGCAGGACCGGGUGGACUUUGAGACGACGGAGACCGUGGAGCCCAGCAUGCUGCAGCGCAUCCUCACAGGUGUGCCGGACCGGCAGAGCGAGAUCCUGGCCGGUCAGACCAGGGUGGCAGUCGGGGUGUCCGUGGUGGACAUCGAGGCGAUCAAAGCCUUCCUGAAGAAGUGCUGGAGUGUGGAUAUCAGCACGAAGGAGUACGCGUAUCUCAAGGGAACUGUGCUCUUUAAUCCAGAUCUAGAAGGUCUGCGCUGCCUCCACUACAUCCAGGCGCUGCGCCGAGAGGCGCACCAGGCUCUCAACGAGCACGUCCGGCUGAUCCACCGCGACGACUCGAUGCGCUUUGCCAAGCUGCUCAUCGCCCUGUCCAUGCUGCGGGCCAUCAGCCCGCUGGUGGUCGCACAGCUCUUCUUCAGACCCGUAAUCGGGGCGGUGAACAUCGAGGAGGUUCUCAUGGAGAUGUUCUACGGAAAGUAGGUCAGAGAGCAAGGAUGAAUCCAGACUAAAAAAAAAAAAAAAAAAAAAAA